GCAGCACAACAUCAGACCACAUCUUCUCAUUCGAACCUACAUCGAUACCCAGAGCUACCAAGCUAAGCAACAGUUUACAUCAUGUCUGGUUCCCAGAAUCCUCGCCCGGAUACUCUUCGUAAUCCGACUCUUGACAGAGUGGCUGGUAUAAACCUUGAUGGAGCUUCAGACGUACCUCGUGGCUCAGUUGCUGGCUCGCAUAGGGGCUCAGUUGCCGGUUCUCAUAGGGGAUCUGUUGCUGGCUCUCGAGCUGGCUCACCUCCCCGGCGUGGAACUCCGGCAGCGGCUGGUGGCGCUAAGCCUCUCGGAUAUGACCCCGGACGAAUUGAUCAGCCGCGAGACGUGGACAUCAUUGGCAAGCGGGUUGACUUGCCUGCUGAUGCAUACUUGGACAGUGAGAGUAAAGGACGGUUCACAGUCCGCCCAGGUUUCAACACUUCAGGCAAGCCAAUUCAAGUACAACUCAACGUAUUCCCUGUCAAUGAGUUCAAAGACAAUAAAGUAUAUCAGUACGAUGUCUCGAUCAGCCCUGAACCUCAAAAGGCAAGUUCAGGACUGAUCAAGAAAGUUUGGAACUCCCGGCCCAUUCAAGAGGCGUUGACCAAAGCUGGCGGUAAAUGGCUUUAUGAUGGCAAAAAGCUAGCCUGGUCAUCCAGACAGAUUGAGCGAAAUGAGUUGCGAGCAUCUGUUGAUCUGGAUGCGGACAAACCGAACAAGGUUGGGAGUAGGGGAGUUUAUUACAUUCGUAUCAAGCAAACCCAAGUCAUCAACCUAUCAUAUCUAGCACACUACCUUCAAGGCAAGGUUGCGUGGGAUGUCCAUGUACUGGAAGGUCUAAACUUCUUUGACCAUUGCAUGCGACAAACUCCAUCAGAAAAAAUGAUCGCGAUCCGCCGAAACUUCUACCCCACGGAUACAAAAAGCUUUUCUCUCGGCUCCGUUGUGGAAGCACGCAAAGGGUAUUAUUCAGCAAUUCGAUUGGGAGAGGCCAAAAGGCUAAUGAUCAACGUUGACACCGCGAACACGGCUUUUUGGCAAACUCGAACAAUUGCCGAAAUAGCAUUGCGCUUACACCAGGCUACGAAUUCCCGUUGGGCCAAUGAUGAUUAUGGUCAAUUCGCUGAGCGCCUGAAGCCUGUGAAGCGCGACGGGGAGGGGGGAACCACGUACACGCCAUCGGAAGCUUUUACCGUCAUGCGAAAACUCAUAAAGCUCAAAUUCGUCGUGAAACAUCGCGGCAAGUUGAACGAUGAGAAGAUGUACACAAUUAAGCAAAUCAGAUUCGAGCCGAAUGAUGGUGCGGAGGGUAGCACCGCCACAAACACCAUAUUCAACAAAAAGAUGCCGGACGGUACCAUCAGACAUAUCAGUGUUUACGACCACUACAAGGAGAAAUAUGACGUUCGCCUUCAGCAUUCAAGGUUGCCAGUUAUCGAAACUACACGUGGAGGCAUGUUCCCAAUGGAACUAUGCAAUGUCGCCGAUUAUCAGCGAUACCCAUUCAAACUGGAUCCCGACCAGACCUCACUAAUGAUCAAAUUCGCGGUCACUCGUCCUGCUCAGCGAAAAGCAGACAUUGCCGAAGGCUUCAAUAGACUGAACUAUGCCGACGACCCGUACCUGAAAGAGUUCGGCAUUACUGUGUCAAAGAACAUGCAAGUAACCAACGCGCGACUACUAAGAAAUCCAGAGAUCUCUUUCGCUGGAAACGCCAAGCUCAAUCCGAGUGUCUCUGGUCGCUGGGAUUUGCGUGGCAAGAGAUUUCUCGAACCGAAUUCGAAACCAAUAACUUCAUGGGGUUUAGUAGUGUGUGGCAAUUCUUGCUUCAAACAAGAUGCAGAAGCAUUUGCUUCAAAGUUUACGCAAACUUACAGGAAUCACGGUGCGAAUAUCAAGACACCACUUCACGUGAUUCAGGUUCCGUUCAGCGUUGGUGACUAUGGCGAAAUCGUCAAAACGGCUUGGACUGAGAUCGGCAACAAGAACAAAGCCUUCCCAGAAAUGUUGUUUUUCGUCGUCCCGAACAAGAAUUCGCUUGUUUACGAACGUAUCAAGAAGAGUAUGGACUGCAGGUGGUGUUGUCCAUCUCAGGUACUGCAAGCUGGUCACGUCAAAAAGGCCAAUGCCCAAUACAUGAGUAACGUAGCGAUGAAGGUCAACGCAAAGCUAGGCGGUGUCACUUGCAAGGUAGCCAGCCCAGGCCCGACCAGCCCAUUCUUCAAAUGCCCUACAAUGAUUAUUGGAGUGGAUGUUUCUCACGCUGCUCCUGGCAGUCGAUCUCCAUCCAUGGCAGCGAUGACUGUUUCAAUGGACAAGAACGCUACUCGUUACGCCGGGUCCUGUGAAGUCAACGGUUGGCGCGUAGAACUUUUGCAGUCUACUACAUGUCAGGGAAUGUUUCCCCGUCUUCUAAAACAUUGGAUCAGUAUUCACCGAACACCGCCCCAACAUGUUUACUAUUUCCGCGAUGGCGUUGCUGAGGGCUCAUUCCAAGGUGUUAUUGAGUCUGAAUUGAGCGAGAUACGCCGGGCUUUCCGAGAGAUGAACGCGGGCAACCCUAAGUUCACCGUCAUAAUCGCCACAAAGAGACAUCAUAUUAGGUUCUUCCCCAAGCCAGGUGAUCAAGGAAGUGCUGAUCGGAAUUCGAACCCACUUCCGGGUACUUUGGUCGAGCGUGACGCUACGCACCCCCGCCAUUUCGACUUUUAUCUGUGCUCGCAUGUAGCAAUCCAAGGAACGGCUCGUCCGGUUCACUAUCAAGUUAUCUAUGACGACGCAAAUGUUAAGCCGGAUGAUCUACAGAUGAUGCUGUAUCAGCAGUGCUAUCAGUAUGUGCGCUCUACAACACCCGUGUCACUGCAUCCGGCGAUUUACUAUGCCCACUUGGCUUCAAACCGCGCCAGAUCCCAUGAGAAUAUUCAUGCCAGUCAAAAGGAGUACGCUGGAGGAAAAGAAGGGAACCCAACAGCAAAACACUCUUCUGAGGUCUAUACCGAGCAAAGUGAUCUGAGCGAACCACCUGCCCUGCUACCCAUGCAUAAUCCUACUGUAGGACAGGAACGCAUUAUUUUCAUGAAUACUACUAUGUGGUAUAUCUAACUUUGCAGUUCUGCUGAUCCACCUCUGCCUCGUUUAUCUGCCGGUUUAGGCUCUCUGGUCAACACUCUUCGGUAUCCGCAAAU